UAUGUCAUUGUCUGCUAUGUUAUAAAGGGCUGAUUCAGUUCAGUAGAGAAGUCAUACUCGCGGGUCUAGUGAAAGUGUAACUAAUACAGACUGCUGAGGAGUUACCAUGCAUUACUAAUGAGACAUGCAGCCAGAAAGUUAUAUGCAACCUUUGCAAAGCUUCUGAAGCUGUAUGUGGCUACCAAGCUUGAUGUUUUUUCUUUUCCUUUCUGCAUUGUAUAGUUUUAAAUAAUGAAUCUAUCUAAUUUUUAAGGGAUUUAAACACACUAUAGAAAUACAUAAUUCUAAGAUGCCAUCGUAAUCAAAGCCGUUAAUUUGGAUAAAUACUCUGUUUAUAAGUUAUACUGAAAUGAACAUUGUGGGAAAGCUCAAUUUAAUGAUACCUUGGAGCAUAUUCUUGAUUCAUUCUCUGCUGUUCUUUUUGCAAGGAUCUUAUUGCAAGUUCUCCCUUUUCAAAAGAACUUCAAGAAAUGAGUUUAAUGCAGCUCGACAGAAAAGAGAUCUCUUAGCAGCAGAGAUUGGCGCUGCCUCUCCUCGGUCUCGCCUUCGUGAGGGCUUUACCUGGAGUCCUCCACCAGGUUCUUGUCCUCAGGAGUGUCUUAAUGGAGCAGUCUGUACAGAGGCAGGUGAAUGUGAUUGUCAGAUAUUUCAGGCUCGAGGAAACAGGUGCCAAAUUGUACCUAAUAGUGGUAAGGACCGAGACGGGAUUUGCAAAUCAUGGGGACAGUAUCACUUUGAAACAUUUGAUGGCAUCUACUACUACUUCCCGGGAAAUUGCUCCUACAUUUUUGCAAAAGACUGCAGUACUCCAGAACCCCAGUACACUGUUUGGGUUCAUAACAGUCCUCACUGUUAUGGUUCAGUAUAUUCUUGUCUGAGGUCAGUCAGCUUAUUUUUUUCAAACCAAGAAGAAAUAAUAAUUUCAGGACAUGAAGUAAGAAAGGAAGGAACUAGAUUAGCAUUGCCUCAGACAGUUGGAAAUGUUUUCCUUGAGAGACUGGCUGACUACAUUCUGGUGAAAACUACCUUUGGUUUUUCGCUUGCUUGGGAUGGAAACUCUGGUAUCUAUAUUAAGCUGACAGAAGAUCAUAAAGGGAAACCUUGUGGCCUCUGUGGAAAUUUUAAUGGCAAUAAAUUUGAUGACCUGAUACUACAAAAUAUAGGUGCAUAUACAGAAGACAUUGCUGAAUUUGCAAAUAGCUGGACUGUGCAAACCCUGUAUGAAACAGCUUGUGUACCUACUGCCUCAGAUUUUUCCAGUCCUUGUUCAGCUGAUGCGGAUUCCACUGAGGACAUAUUCUUCAAGUGCCAAAUAUUCCUACAGUUUCCUUUUCUCAGCUGUCAUGAAAGCAUAGAUCCAUAUUCUUAUAUUUCUAGCUGUAUGAAUGAUCUUUGCAGAGUGGAUGAUGAUGAAACAUAUUGCAGAGCAGUGACAGAGUACGCUAGAGCAUGCUCUCAUGCUGGGUCGCCUGUGCGUGACUGGAGGGAUGACUUUCCUGCCUGUACUGAAAAGUGUGAAGACAGCUUUGUACACCGUGAUUGUAUCAGCUGUUGUCCGCCAACCUGCACCUUUGAAAAGGAUUGCCUUGGCAGCAAUCUGCACUGCUUAGAUGGCUGUUACUGUCCAGAUGGUCUCAUUAUGGAAAAUGGAACUUGCAUCUCUGUGUCAAAUUGUCCUUGUAUUUAUCAUGGAACUGCCUUCCCUGUAGGCUCAAAAAUUGAACAAGAAUGUAGCAAUUGUAUUUGUAUUGGUGGCAUUUGGAACUGCACAGAUCAUGAUUGCCCAGCUGAGUGCUCCAUCACAGGUAACUCUCAUUUCACAACAUUCGAUGGUCGUCAUUUUACCUUUCUUGGGAUUUGCCAGUACAUUUUGGUAAAAGGCACCGGGAAAAACAAAUUCACAAUCACUUUACAGAAAGCACCUUGUGGACAGAACUUUGACCAUGCCUGCAUCGAGUCUAUAACACUAGUUCUUGAAGAUGAUGUGAGCAAACAAGUAACUCUUGCAAGAUAUGGUCAAGUCCAAAUUGGCCCUAACCAAGGUUUUAAUGUCAAUGGGGCUGUUGAAAUUCAGAAUAUAUCUUCUUUGUUUGUCCAACUGAAAACCAGUUUUGGUUUGAAGAUACUUUUUGCUAAAGAUGGAGAGAGGCUCUACAUUCAAGCUGAUGUCAGCUGGAAGAGAAGAACAUUGGGACUAUGUGGAACUUAUAAUGGAAAUUUAAGAGAUGAUUUUCUUUCUCCAGCAGGGAUGAUAGAAGGGACCCCGCAACUUCAUGCCAAUGCAUGGAAGGUUUCCUCAGCUUGUUCUGUGCCUAUCAACAUUCCUGUGGUUGAUCCCUGUAAUGUUAACCAGCAAAAUGUUGGGUAUGCAUCUCACUGUGAUAUCAUCAAUCAAGAACUUUUUGCUCCCUGCCAUGCCUACAUCAGUCCAGGAUUGUAUUACCAGCUGUGCCGUUUUGAUGCAUGCAAGUGUGGAAGCAGCUGUUUGUGUAAUGCUCUUGCACACUAUGCUUAUGUCUGUGGCAAGCAUGGAAUUGCUGUUGACUUCAGAUCUCAUAUUUCUUACUGUGCUGUGAUGUGUCACAACGGUAUGCUUUAUCAUCAGUGCUCUUCCUUUUGUAAACACUCCUGUGCUUCACUUUCUAUGGCAAAUAGCUGUGGUGAUGACUGCGCUGAAGGAUGUAAUUGUCCUGAUGGGAAAUAUUUUGAAGAGUCGGUCAACUUGUGUGUAUCAAUAUCUGCCUGUCAUUGUCAUUACAAGGGCAAAGCCCUCCAGGCUGGAGAAAUCCUCCUCACAUCAACGGGUUCCUGCCAGUGUUUGAAUGGAACAAUGAAAUGUAUCGAAGCCACUACAGAAAAUACAGUUCACAUAUGCCCUGAAGGAAAAAUCUACUAUGACUGCAGAUCUCCUGUGCCUGGAUUACCAGCAGCUGGUGCAAACUGUGGGGUUUCCUGUGCAAACCUUGCUAUGAACUUCUCCUGUGUUCCCUCACCACCUUGUGCAAGUGGCUGUAUUUGCCCUCCAGGGAUGGCAGAGCAUAGAGGGAAAUGUUAUAUUCCUGACAGUUGUCCAUGUACCUGGAAAGACAGGGAAUUUCUGUCAGGAGAAGUGAUAGCUACACCUUGUUACACCUGUGUUUGUCGCAGAGGGGUAUUCAAUUGCACUAGUUAUCCCUGUCCUGCUGUAUGCACUAUUUAUGGAGAUCGACAUUAUUAUACAUUUGAUGGAUUGGAGUAUGAUUAUGUCAGUGACUGCCAAGCUUAUCUGCUAAAGAGCACAGAUAACUCAAAUGUAUCUAUAAUUGCUCGGAACAAGAAGUGCUUUGACAACAAUAUUGUUUGCUCAAAAAGUGUUUUCAUCACUGUCGGAGACACGGAGAUUUAUUUCAGUGAACCUUCUGAGAAGCAGAAGACCUUAAGGGGACAGGAAAACAUAUCUAACUAUCAGCUUUGGAAGGCUGGAUAUUAUACUGUGAUACACUUUCCAGAACAGGAUAUUACAAUUCUGUGGGAUAAGAAGACAACAAUACAUGUUAAAGUUGGACCUCGAUGGAAGGGUAAACUGGUAGGUUUGUGUGGAAAUUUUGACAAAUACACUUCAAAUGAUUUGACUACAUCAAACAACAUGGAGGUGAGAAAUGCACAGGUGUUUGGAGACAGCUGGGUGUUAGGACAGUGCAAGAGCCCAAAUGAAACACUAAGACCGUGUGAGGUACAUCAGAGCAAGUUCCCUUAUGCCAAAAAGGAAUGCUCAAUUUUAUACAGCGAUGUUUUUGCACCUUGUCGCAAUGUGAUUGAUGUCACUUCUUUUGUCAAAAAUUGUCAUACAGAUACGUGUAACUGCAAUCUUGGAGGGGACUGUGAGUGCUUGUGUACCAGUAUUGCAGCUUAUGCUCACAAGUGUUGCCAGCAAGGAGCAACGAUUCACUGGCGGUCUCCUAUGCUCUGUGCUUAUGACUGUGAAUAUUACAAUCAAGGGCUUGGUGAAGGACCAUAUAUUUUGGCAAGUUAUGGACAGAAUGAUACAAUUAUAGGAGCUAACACAUCCAGUAGAAGGAUAUUUCCCCUGUCUAGAACUGGAGCAUAUGGAAAUGUAUUUUUUAGUUUCAUGAUAACUCCAGGACUUUUCAAAGAUAAAGAUCUAUCUCUCUCUCUCGUUUCACUUGAAUCUGCUGAAAGACCAAACUACUUCCUGUAUGUAUAUGACAAUGAAAGCGUUGGGCUGGAACAGUGGCAGGCAAGUGCCUCCUUUCAGAGACAAGCCUCAUUCUUCCACCACCAAGGCCUCUGGAGUCCAGGAUUCAGUGCCUUUGAAAUGCACAGUAAAAAAGGCUUUUUCAUCAUUCUCACAUCAUCUGGUGUUAAAGUGGCAAAGUAUGAUGAUUCAGAAGAAUUCAAACAUUCAAGUAGCUUUAGUAUUGAAGAACUCAGUGCAUCUGUGCCUUAUAGAAGGAUUUGUGAAUGGAGAUAUGAACCUUGUGCUAAUCCCUGUUUUAAAACAUGUAGUGAUCCUGAAGGAAUAGCAUGUAAAUUUCUUCCUCCGGUUGAAGGAUGCUUGCCAUACUGUCCCAAAAACAUGAUCCUUGACGAGGUCACACUUAAAUGUGUUUAUCCAGAAGACUGCAUACCUGUGACAUCUAUGGAAUCAGCAGUUGGAACAAAACUUUCAUCAUUAACCUCUCACACAGUUGCUACCAUGGAGAGAUUUCCUCAGACACCUCCUGUAUUUGUUGCUACAGAGAUUGAGCAAGCUCAUGCCAAAAUAACCAUGAAGACAGAUGCAACUCCAAGGGGAAUGAAUAUGUCAGCGCAGUCCAUUACAGACUUUUUUUCAUUGGAAUCAUCUAAUGCAGCCACCUACUCAACAUUUGCAUUACCAAGUACAGUGAAGCCUUCUGAUGUACCUCAGAGCACAGCAAGCCCUUCUGUCCUUUCCAAACUCCUCUCUUCAACAGAUUUUUCAACUGCUCUUCAAGCACCAUUAGUCAUAUCACAUACUGUCAGUUCUACUGCAUCUAUAACUUUACCCAUUAUAGGAGCAACUCCAACAACCCAUGCUUUUACCCCACUCAGUGCCAGUCCUGUUCCAACACCUUCUGCAUUGUUAAUGCCCACUUCCCUAGUGAUAGUACCAUUUCCAUCUGAAUUAUCAACCACUCAGCUAGGAACUGCUCCCCCUACCACAACUUUAACAACUUUAACCUCCAAACCAUCUUUUAUAACUUCUGAGCUGCCUAUGGGGAUUUGGAGAAGUAGGAAUCCUUCAGUAAGUCAGUCUAAGGGUUCAGCAGUAUUCUCUGAAGUAUCUUCAUCUGCUUUGCUGGCUGGCAGAGCAACUUUCACAAGACCCACAUUUCUUCCAGGUUCACAGUUUACACUAAGCACAUCUACUUCUCCUAUAUUUCCUUUGUCUGUAAGAACCAGACCUAGCAUUGGUCAACCUGUAGUUCACCCAGCAUCCGUUUCUGCACCGACUUCAACAGCUGCUCAAAUUCCAAGUACUUCUAGGUUUACUAGCUUUGAGACAAAUUUUCCUCAAUUAAUCACACCUUCAUAUUUGGAAAUAACAAAAGCCUUGUCUAAAACUUCUCUGGUAUCAUUAAAUACUAGUUCGUUAGCUAGUUUUUCUCCAAAGUCAUUUUUAUCUUCAAAGGAAAUUCAAGUGACUGUUCCCAAACAGAUGUCUCCAUUAAUGAAAGCCAAUGUUUCUACUGCUUUGCCCAUAAUGACUGGAUCUUCACCUCAAGUUGCUUCUCAAAUCCCUAUAAACACUUCUUUGAGUCCUUCUGUAAUGCACACAGUAUUUAUACCAGUGCCUUCUCUGAUUACCUUCCUGAAACCCAAAUCUAUGGGAGGUGUCACUGUUAUCUCGAAGAAUCCUUAUAAAGAACCUUCCACUGUUUCAGUAUCUCUUCUGGUCAGUCCUGAAAUCUCGGAUGUGUCUAUUGCAAGUACAGCCCCAAAAGAAAAUAAAUAUGCAGUGCACACUGACUUCUUUUCAGUGUCAUCCACUUCUAAAAAGCCAAAGAAAUCCAUUAGUUCUACAGUUUUCCCUCUUAGGACAUUUGUAUUACCUCUAAAUGAUUUGUUAAUAACCACCUCAAAAAUUUCAGAAUACCCAAGCAGUCCACAUACAGAAUUGAAAACUGCCCCUGUGGCACAAAAAGCAGGCACUUUAAUUUCUAAAGAACCUUCUCUUACGAGUUCAUUGUCUUUAUUUACAAUCUUAUUACCAACAUCGAUACCAUUUUCUGUAACAUCUCAUACUACAAGUUCUUCUUUGACUCCCAUAUCUGGUAGGACAUCUUCAUUAACACAAAAUACAACUGUUAGCCAAAUAGCACUUUUGUCUCUAGAUACACAGGGAACUUCAAAAAGUCCAACUAUAGAUUUUGCAACUUCUUCUGUAGAUUUUUCUACAUUUACUUUAAACACCAGCCCUUCUACUAGCCUCUCGGCAGCACUAAAAACAUCCAUUAUAAUGCCCUAUUUACUAUUGCCUAAAACUCCUGAAAUCACUUUAGAAAGCCAGUUCAGUAGGGCCUCUCUGUCUUCACCUCCUCCUAAGACCACUCAUCUCUCUACUGUUUCUCUAGGAAAGCAGACUUCUUCAGUAAGUACUUCAGCAGAAGAUGGAACAAAAUCAAUCAUAUCAGCUGGAAGCAUCUCUCAAUCCACUACACCACUGAGCAUGAACAUAACUGUGAAUGCUACAUCCUUAAAAGCAGGUUAUAUUUUUGCAAAAACACCACCUUCAGCCACUUUAUUAGUUACUUCUGGAACUACUGUAGCCCCUAGGAUUACUACAAAACCCACUGAUUCUCCUGUUGCUGACUUGAAAUUUUAUAUGGAUUCAGCUUCAGUUCCUGCUACCACAGAAAUACCUAUGUAUGUGUCGCACAAAUUUUUAUUUACAUCUGCACCAUCUCAAGUUUCACAAAGCACUAAAGAAACUCUAAAAAUGACAGUCAUGAAAACAACUGGUACUGUAAGUCUAUUUUCACAGAUGAAGAGUACCUCGUCUACUGCUUCAGAAUUUAAAUAUGCAACCUCAUUUGAAAAAACUGCGGGUGUUUUAGAAAGCAAUCAGACUUCAAAUGUGCAAAGGAAUGUCACUAAGACAAAGUCAACCACUACUGAGAAAUCUUCCGUGCCUUAUCUGACAGCAUUUGCAGUUCAGAGUUCACCUUUUUCAAGUAAAAACAAUACAACUUCAGUAAAAUCUCUCUCUCUCUCUGAAGUCCCAGAUGUAACAACAUCAGAUUGGUUUAAAAUCCAAACACAGAGAACUGUUAAGCCUUAUUUUAAUUUAACAGAGCCCAAAGAGUUGCAGAAUGGAACUGUAACAAAUUUAUCUCGUUCUAGUGGUGAAAUGGCUCUGCCUUCCUCUUCAGAGCCCGUGCAAACACAGACUUCUCUGGCAAGCACAGAAGCAAUCACAGUUAUAGCUGACCAGGCUUCCUUUGGUACAGUGAUGCACACACUUGUGUCUACAUCUUCUGAAUGUGUGCCAAGAUACCUUGAACCUGUUGACAAAUGUAGCCAGUAUAUAUGUGUUAAUAUGGGUUGGAUGUUAUACAACCUUUCAAAGAACUGCCCUAGAGAUGUGCAGAAGCCAGACUGUGGUUUUCGAGGAAUGCCAUUUCAAGUUAACACUGAUAGUUGUUGCCCAGAAUGGGAAUGUCCCUGUCAAUGUUCUGUACUGUCUGAACUGAGUGUUAUCACAUUUGAUGGAAACAACAUAGCCCUCUGUAAUGUGGCUUCCUACGUUUUAGUCAAGCUACCAGGAGAAUUUAUUGUUGCUCAUAUUGAAAAAUGUCCGGCUAAUCAAAGUGCAAAUUCAAUAAGAAAACUAGUUCCCCCUGCAAGCACUUCGGGGCUCUGUUUUAAGAAAUUAAAUGUAACAACACCUACAAAUAAAUUACUUAUCAACCGUUUAGCAAGAAGGGUAGUAGUGGAUUCUGUAAUUCAGUCAUUACCAUUUUCAAAACAAGGACUGAGUAUUCAGGAUACUGGUGCAAUGUACGUCAUCAAUACCCCAGCUGGUAUUAGCAUCAAGUGGGCUCAUGUUACAGGCAUCAUAGAUAUACAGUAUGGAUUGCACUCUAACACAUCAAUGAAGACAGAAGGACUUUGCGGGGUGUGCAAUGGAGACCCUACUGAUGACCUGAAAAUGCAAAACAGGACCAUAAUUACAAAUAUGGAGGAAAUUGAAGUGUUCAUUAAGAGUUGGGAAAUUGAGAAAUCAGUUGAUGUAACAACCAGGAGGCCAGUAAGAGACUGUACUGAAGAUAACUGCACUUACUGUAUGGAACUGUUAAACAGAAGCAUUUUCAUCCCUUGUCACAAGAAAGUUUCGCCACAGGAAUUUUGUGAGAAGAUGUGGAUCAACAGUACUUAUUUUUGGAAUUAUGAGUGUGAUGCACUUUCUGCAUAUGUGGCUUUGUGCAACAAGCAUAACAUCUGCAUUAAAUGGAGGACACCUGAUUACUGUUCAUUGAGUUGUCCUGAUGGCAAGGAAUACCAGCCUUGUGUGCAACCCUGUGAAGCCAAGACAUGCUUGAAUAAGUGGUUCUAUGAAGAUUCUCCCUGUUCCUAUUUAAGGGAAGACUGCGUGUGUAAAAAUGGGACUAUUCUGCAUAGAACAGACUCUAAUCUCUGUAUACCAGAAGAAAAAUGUACAUGUACAGAUAACAAAGGACAACCUCGCUCUGCUGGGGAGAUUUGGAAUGAGUCCACGAAAGGCUGUUGCAUGUACAACUGUUUAGAAAAUGGAAGUGUUACUGCUGUAGAACCUGAAUGCAAUGAGGAUCCACCACCAAUCUGUGGAAGAGAAGGGGAAGUUAUUGUCCAUGUCAUUGAAGAGAGGGCUUGCUGUCCAAAGAAAGUUUGUGAAUGUAACAUGUCAUUGUGUGAGGCCAUUAUUCCAACAUGCAAAACCAAUGAAAAAUUGGUUGUAGGCUACCAUGCCCUCUCCUGCUGUCCGCAGUACCGAUGUGAAUGUGAUCCUUCAGUUUGUUUCAAUGCUUCCCAGCUGGAGUGCAGAGAAGAUCAGUUUAUUGUUGAAGCAAAACAGGAAGAUCCCUGUUGUUUCUCUUACCUCUGUGUUUGUGAAUCCUGUAUCGAGCCUGUUCCCUUGUGUAAUGAAGGAGAAAUUCUCACUGUAGACCUUAACACUAUACAUUAUUGUUGUCCUCGAUACUACUGCGUCUGUGAUGAAAACCUUUGUUCUGAGCCUUCUAUGAACUGUACAGGUGACAUGACACUUGUGAAGGAAAAAACACCUGGGCAGUGUUGUCCAGAAUGGCACUGUGAAUGUAGCUGUGAAAACGCUACUUUGCUGACUUGUAAAUUGGGAGAAGUUCAAAAAAUUGAUAGUAGUGUUUCCAGUGCUUGUGGAUGCACUCACUACAUUUGUGAAAAGGAUGAUGUGUGCAUCUUCCAAGACGUAACUGUACUGAAUCCUGGACAGUCAGUGAUUCAGUAUUUAGAUGGAGACCUUUGUUACACUGUACAGUGUUUACAAGAAAAAGAUCAGAAUACAGGAUACAAUGCCAUGCAUUUUACAGUGGUCAACUGUUCCCAGCACUGUGAAGCUCAUCAAAUAUAUGUUCCUUCCUCCAGUCACCAUACUUGCUGUGGUACCUGCCAGAAUGUGUCCUGUUCUUUUCAUACGGAGAAUGGAACAUUAAUUGUGCAUGAAGAAGGAAGCACUUGGAGCUCCAACUGCACAAACUACAAGUGUGCAAAGACUGCUGCAGGGGCUAUGAUACUGGAGUCUAGUGUUGUCUGCCCCCCUUUUAAUGACACUGAGUGUACAAAGAAUGGAGGAACUGUGCAGACAUAUAGUGAUGGCUGCUGCAAGACCUGUUCUGGAUUGGGUGUAUUACCCUUUGCCAUUAGUCCAGUAGUGUCUACUGAUAGUAUUAAUUGUGAACCAGGCAAAAAGGAAGAAAGGAUUUGCCAGAAAAUGACAAUCAGAACAACCAUAAGAAAAAGUGACUGUAUAAGUCAAAGCCCGAUAAAUGUGGCUUCUUGUGAUGGAAAAUGCCCGUCUGCAACAAUUUUUAAUGUCAAUAUUGAUAGCCAUUUAAGAUUCUGUAAAUGUUGUCGAGAAAAUGGAACGCGUAAUCUGACAGUGCCACUAUACUGCUCAGGAAAUGGCACUGAAAUCAUGUAUGUCAUUCAAGAGCCUAUAGACUGCUCAUGCCAAUGGAACUGAACACGGAUGCGUAUGCGAUUUUGUCCUAAGAAUUAAAAUGAGUUUCUUUUCACCAGACUGUAUUUUUGGUCCUUGGAUGGAUACAGUACUCUGUGGGAAAAAAAAGAUCAUCAAUUAUAUUCAUAAUGUAACCUUUCACAAAUUUAGUAGAGGUUAUAUUGUUCUACAAAUUUUCUUUUUAAAUAUUGACAUAUGUAGAAAAAAGUACAUAAAUCCUUUUGAACCAGGUAUAAUUUAGUCAUCAUUUACUUCUGUCCAGUGGCUUUCAGAUGUGCUGCUGAAAGCUGGUUAAUGCCAGUGUUGCCAGUGCUUUCAAAUUUUGGAUUGUGGUUACCUGUCAAAGUUCAGAAAUUCUCAGUAGUUCUUUUACUUAGAAACUUUCAAUUGAGGACCAUCUUUGGAAUUAAUGUUUAAGAGAAAGACUCAUAUUGUGUUUUUGAGAACUACUGGAUUCAUUUAUCAAAAAAAUAGAGUUGGUUGAACUGAAACAUUUUUAUCUUGCUGAAAAGCCUAUCUUUUGACCUUAUGAUGUUGUCAGACUUGAGUCUGCUUAAACUGGAAGUCACUGUGAAACAUGAUUGUAGUCUGUAAGCACCUUUAGUAAAUCUCCAGAACAUAUAGUAGAAUAAUAAUAAAGUUUUUAAAUCUUUGAUAUUUACUUAUUUUUGUUAUUUAUGUUAUAAAUAUGAAGCAUUGUUAGGCAAAGGCUGAAGAGUUCAGGCUUUUGUGCCUUUAUUGCAAAUAUCUAAAAGUUGUGUCUGUUACGAAGGGUUCUAUUUUAUAUACAUUUUUCAGUUUUUACAAAUAAGAAGUUGGCUAUUAGCUGUAGAAUAAGAUUCUGUCUAUGUAUGUAUUUAUUUAUUAAAAAAGCAAGGGAGUGCACGUUUAACUGUUCAUAGUGGGUUUCACCCCUUACUUAAUAGUUUUAAAUUUUAUGUUCAAUGUAUUUUAAUUAAAUACUUUUUUUGAAUACUGAGAAUUGGACAAUUGAAUGAAUCUACAGCUCAUAAUUCUUGAGCCCGCAAAAAAAAUUCUAUUUUAGAUAUAUGUUUUGAAGGGCAUAGGUGAGCUAGGCAUGUACAAUCAGGCUGUGAAUGUCCAUGAUUCAGCAUUUUAAGUUGAAUAUGCUCUCCCUUGUAUUAAUCGUACUACAUAAUAUUAUCUUCAAAACUACAGAUACAAUUUUAUGCUUGUUUUUAGACUAUUUUGCUUUAUAAACUCACUGAAUGAAACUUGGUUUAAAUAAAGACAGUGGGAUUUUUGCCAUUGACCUCAGUGGGGCUAGUAUUUUCUUUGUCAUGUAAGUUAUUUUGAAAUUAAAAUUCUUGUCUAAAGGUCUGAGAACUUUUUCAGCAAAACUUUUAGUUCAAGCUGUUAGCAUUUAAUUACAAAGAGGCUGAAUUAUUAUAUUGUUUUAUACAAUGAAGAACAGUCAAUAUAAGAUGAAAAAUAAUUUAAAACCUAAGGCCGUUUUGCUAUUUCCUGAUGAAUCUUUAAACUUUUGCUGUAUUCAUUUUGAUGGAUUAUGAAGAAAAAUAGUACAUACAUUGAAAUCUGUCUUUACUAACAACACUGUCACCUAUUCAUCAUCUCUAUGAAAAACAGUGAUUCGGUUUAAGAAUUAAAGAACAAUCUGUUAUAUUAUCAGUAAAAUAUUUAACCAUUAUAAAGAAAUAGGGAUCACCUAGUGAUGAAGUGCUGCUUUGAUAAAGUAUGUGCCUCAUUUGCACACUGUUAUGAUUUGUAUGGCAGAUAUUUCAAGAUGUUAUAUAUUAGAGCCUAGAACCAAAAUAUUCUUUGAUAUUGCUGUAGGAAUAUGUGUACAGAAACUUUUUUAUACAGGCCAAAUGUGGAAAUUUAAUCAUAGUCAUAGCCAUAAAGUUUGAGUAAUAGUAUAGCAAAUGAAAGGGACAACUAUUCAAAGAAAAGUAGAUCCUUAGGACCUUUUGAUUUAUAAGCAUAGAGCUAGGAAUCCUGUAUUUAUGUCAAGAGAGGAUGGGACAAAACUUCUUAAUGAGUUUUGCAUAUGAGAAAUUAAUUCAGGAAGAUUCUACAAGCUAGUGUUUUUAUAUAUAGUAACAACACUUGAGGAGUUUCAGCUGAAUGCAAUGCUUAUUGUAAACAAAGUGUUUUUGUAAGAUUUAGAGGUGUAUCUGUAAGUAAAGAGAAAUUAAUAAACAUUAUUUUGAAGAA